AAUGGAUUUUCACCUGUAAGACGCUUUUCAACUCAAGUUAUCUAAUUGAUAAAUAUACCAAUAUUACUACUGCUACUACUACUACUAAUAUUAAUAAUAGUAGUAUGAUAACGAUGAAUGUUUCGUACAUUUUCGCCGAGACAGAUUCUGAAGCACUGAACAGUCAUCAUCAUCAACAUCAUCAGGUAACUCUACCAUCACCCAUAAAAAUCACCUUGAAGAUUAAUUCAAAACUAAUCGACUUUGAGCUGGACACAGGUAGCCCAGUGUCAAUAUGCAGUGGACAGUAUUGGUUCAAAGUGUUUGGGUAUAGUGCAUACAAAGAUUUAGAAGAGGUGAACGUCAAGCUAAAAUCGUAUACAGGCGAUUCUCUGUGUAUAUUAGGAUUGAAAAAUGUUAUCUUCGAAUAUAAAAAUCAUAAUAUCCUAUUACCAAUCUACAUAGCUAAAGGCAAUGGACCAAGUCUACUCGGUCGUGAUUGGUUGUUAAAGGUGGCAAAUUUACAGCAUAAUUCUAUGCACAGUUCAACAAUUCUUGUUGAUCAUAUAUUAACCCAAUACAGUCAAGUAUUUCAUGAUGAUGAUAAUGAUGGUGAUGAUGGUGAUGAUUAUCGUGUGAAUGGGAUAAAUGCCAUCAGAGUUUCCCUGCCUGUCGCUGAGAAUGCUAUUCCAAAGUAUUGUAAAGCCAGUGUAUUGAAGAACACCUUUAAGCGUAAAGUAGAACUGGAGUUAAACCGACUAGAGUCUGAGGGGAUUAUUGAGCCUGUGAAAUCAUCAUCAUCACUCUGGGCUACACCGAUUAUUCCAAUUCUCAAGUUCGACAACACUGUCCGCAUAUACGGUGACUACAAAAUUACACUGAAUAAUUGUUUCACAACAGAGAAAGCCUAUACCAUACCAAGAAUUGAAGACGUCUAUCGGCGUUUGUGUGGUAGAAAUACUACUUGUAAGUAUUUUUCCAAGUUAAAUAUUACUUCUUUAUACCAAGAAUUACAAUUGGAUGAUAAAUCAAAGUGUUAUACAACAAUUAUAACGCAUAAAGGCUUAUACCAGUACAAUUUUAUCCCGUAUGGAAUUAACUGUCUCGUUCACAUAUUCUAUGAAAUAUUCCCUCCAAUGCUGAAAGGCAUACCGAAUACAGUAGCCUAUGCAGAUGAUAUUCUAAUUGGCAGUGAAACAGUCAACGAACACUUGACCACUUUAAGCUUAGUUUUAUCAAAAUUUCAAGAGACCGGUCUAAGGCUGAAAAAAGAGAAAUGCAUCUUUCUAACAGAUCAUUUAGAUUACAUUGGUUAUCGAUUAGACGGAAAUGGUGUACACAUGUUAACUGAACGUAUCCUACCGAUAUUACAUCUACCUGAUCCGUGUACUCCCUACGAGUUGAAAUCAUUUCUCACCUUAUUCAAUUAUUAUGCUGAACGCAAAAAAGAUAAACUAUUGAAUAUUGAAUGUUUAAUUGAACCUCUUAAUGAAUUACUGAUAAAAAAUGUUGAAUGGAAAUGGGAUAAACUAGAGGCUGAUUGUUAUCAAAAGUUGAAAGAGAUUCUAAUCAGCCCAAAUGUGCUAAGUGAAUUCGAUCCGGGAAAAGCGAUAAUUCUUUUGUGUAAUGCUUCAGCCCACGGGAUUGGUGCAAUACUCACUCAAAAGGAGAAUCAUGUAGAAAACGAUGCAAUCAUCAUGAAUCCUGUUGCUUUUGCAUCAAGAUUUCUAACACUGAAUGAACGUAAUUACCCACAGACUGAAAAAGAAGCCUUAUCGAUUGUGUAUGCAGUGACACAGUUUAACCAGUAUCUAUUUGGUCAACAUUUUGAAAUAUGUACAACACAUGAACCAUUGUUAGAGUUAUUUAGUGAAUCAAGAGGUAUACAGCAGUCGAACACAACAUCCGCCAGAAUCCAACGUUGGGCAAUUCUACUGUCAACAUAUAACUAUAAAUUAAGUUGUAUUGGAAUUAAGGAUAAUUUAACUGCACAGGUUUUAAGCCGUUUACCCAUUGAAGAUAAUAAUGAUGAGAAAAUCUUAGAACCGUCGGAAACAGUGUCACUCAUCCAGUGGAUAAACUCUUUUGAAAUGAUAAUUGGAAAACUGCAUAGACAAACUGAAUUAGACAGUACACUGUCACAAGUGAAAAUAUACACGAUGAAAGGUUGGCCUAAAUAUGUUGAUGCGAAAUACAAACCUUACCAACAAAGAAAACAAGAAAUCACUAUGAAAAAUGGCUGUUUAUUAUACGGCACACGAAUUAUUAUCCCAACCGCAUGUCGUAAAGUAAUCCUUGAUAAGCUGCACGCGUUGCAUACUAAAACUACAGAUAUGAAGGAAUCAGCUAUCAGUUAUGUUUGGUGGCCUGAAAUCGAUGAUGACAUCGAUAGGAUUGUUCAACAGUGUGAUAUCUGCAGGCAAAACAAAUCAUCUUCUGUUGCCUCUGACAGAUUGCAUUCACCUAUAGAGAAGAAGUCGGCUGGUAGUAGUGUACAACAGAAUUUGUGGACAAAAUUACAUAUCGGUUAUUUUGGACCUGUUCACGGGUAUAUGUUAUUAGUUGUCAUAGAUACGUGCACAAAAUGGAUUGAAAUAAAGCCGGCUAGGAAGGCGACCAGUGAAAACACCAUAAAAUCUCUUUAUUCUAUAUUCACAAGUCAUGGUGUACCUGAAUAUAUACUAUCCGAUGAUAGUCCAGUAUUCUUGUGUGAAGAAUUCCAACUGUUUCUACAUCAAAAUAAUAUAAUUCAUAUUUUAACGGACAAGCACAAUCCAUCAUCAAAUGAACUGGCUAACAUUGCAGUAGAAAUUGUAAAACGCGGUUAUCAAAAGGCGGCGAAACUAGCCGACUUUCACAGACAGCUAGAGAAAUUUGUAUUCUCAAGUCAUAUUACACCACAAAAGGGUGAGAAAUUAUCACCAGCUGAAUUAUUGAUGGGAAGAAGACUUCGAACGUCCAUAGCCUUCCUCCUUCAGACAGAUUCAGAGAACACAGAAGACCUAUCAUCAUAGACGUGAUUUUGUUGUAAUAUAUUAUCAAAAUUAAUUUUUACAUCACACACACAUCAGUAGAAUUUAACUUACUAACCAUCAUCAUCAUCAUCAU